AUGGGGACGCGGCUCAGCAUGGCCUCGCGGGCGCCGCUGGGCUUCCCCACGCUCCCCCUCUCCAAUGGCUUACACAUCCCCGUGCUGGGGCUGGGUACAUCCCAUCAAGGUGGAUAUUCCCAUGAUGCUGUGGUGUAUGCACUACAAAAAUGUGGCAUUCGUCAUAUUGAUACAGCAAAAAGAUACGGCUGUGAAUCACUCCUUCAGAAAGCUAUCAAAGAAAGUGAUGUGAAGCGAGAGGACCUCUGGAUAACUACCAAACUCUGGCAUAGCGACUAUGGCUAUGAAAACACAAAACAAGCCUGCCUGGAAUCAUGCAAAAGACUUGGUGUUCAGUACCUCGAUCUUUAUUUGGUACACUGGCCCGAUGCACAAGUUCCUGGUAAAAGUAAUCGUGAGGUCCGAGCUGAAACCUGGAGAGCCAUGGAGGACCUAUAUGAGAAAGGUAUAUGUCGGUCUAUUGGUGUAAGCAAUUUUCUCAUUAAUCAUUUGGAGCAACUAAAGGAAGAUUGUAAGAUCACCCCACAUGUUAAUCAGGUUGAAUAUCACCCUUUCCAAAGGCCCCAAGAGCUGGUGGAUUAUUGUAGAGGUAGAAACAUUGUUUUUGAAGGCUACUGUCCAUUAGCCAAAGGUGAAGCUCUUACUCAUCCUAAUAUAAUUCAGCUGGCAAAGAAAUAUGGCAAAACCCCUGCACAGAUCUGUAUACGUUGGAGCAUACAGAAUGGGAUUGUCACUAUUCCAAAAUCUACAAAAAUAGAAAGGAUACAGGAAAACUGUGAGGUUUUUGAUUUUAGUCUGAGGGAAGAAGAUGUGGAAUUUUUAGAUUCUUUGAACAUCAACAAAAAACUGAUUCACCUAACCUAUCCAAUAUGGAAAGGGUAACGUCAAACCAGAUUGUUCUAACCCGCAACAACCGAAACAUGAAUACAUUUUGAACUGCACAAAACUGUUUCACAUCUACAUUGUUCUAUUACCUUUAAAGCUCCUGUCAGUAGCUUAUGAUAUUAUUAUAUGCACA